CAUCCCCGUGAAGGGUACCGGGAGAAACUGCAACAAUGAUGCAAAUGAAGGGUUCAAGACUCAAUAAAACUUAAAAGGACGUAUUUCUUAUAGUGAUGAAAGUAGCCAUGAUGUACCCUUCUUCACUUUCUACUUCUCCGAAAAAAAAAAUCAGUACAAGUGGUAUAUUCAACUUUGUUACUUAAGAACAUCUCUUUACUGUUCAAGAGUCAGAAAAUGGAGAGAGACAGAACACAACAUACAGGGGUUGCUCUCUUCAUCACUUUCCAGUUCCUUGGAAAAAGACUCUGUUUCAUCACCUUCUCAGAGUUCUGUGGUUUCUUUGUUUAAUAUUUGACACUGUCACUCUCUGUAGCUAGAAACAUUCAUGAUAUAAAUAGAUAAUUACCAUAACCUAUAUAGCAGAUCAGUCUCGAUAUGCACGAUGAAGCCAACAGCACAAUGCAGCUUGCAUCAAACUUGAACCCUUCACUAGAUUAUAUGCAUAAGAUUUGUAAAGCGAUUAAACUGAUCUAACAUUUAUGAAUACAAGUAUUUUUUCUUAUAAGAUUCCAAGGGUAAGGUUCAUAAGCAAGAACAACAACAAAAUGAUUUCUCCAACUCAUAUUGAAGUCAAUAUAUAUGAUCAUAGCUAAAAGUGUCUGCUUAGUUAAAACUUAUAUUCAGUUUAAGUGUGUUACCAAUAUGCUGGAAGUAAAGAAGGUAAUGUAUCUAGAUUUGAUACGAUUACAUGUGUGUUCUAACAUGGAUUUUUCUAAAGAUCCAGACGUCAUUUCUUUAUAUAGUGUUGAAAUUAAAAUUAAGAACAAACUAAUAGUCAAUGUAGUGUUGGUUUAACAUUUUCUGGAUGUCAGAAAACGACCAAAAGCUAACAGUCAGUAUACAAAGAGGAGAGCUGGGAAACUAACAAACUAUAUAAGUAUUAAACCAAGAUGCAGAAAGUUAAGAAGGCAAUGGAGAACCAGAAGCGUUUUGUGCUCGUCCAUGGGAUCUGCCACGGCGCAUGGAGCUGGUACAAGGUGAAAACACUGCUAGAAGCUGCAGGGCACUGUGUAUCUGCUAUUGAUCUGUCAGCAUCGGGAAUCAACACGACCAGAGUGGAAGAGAUUCAGACGUUGAAGGACUAUUCCAAGCCAUUGUUAGACAUUAUGGACUCAUUUCCCUCAGACAAGAAGACAAUUCUUGUCGCACAUAGCCUGGGAGGAGUACCGGCUGCUCUCGCUGCCGACAUCUUCCCUUGUAAGACCGCUGCUAUUGUGUUCUUGACAUCUGCAAUGCCUGACACCAAAAACCCACCUGCUUAUGUUAUCGAAAAGUUGCUCGCAAGCAUUCCACAAGAAGAGUUCUUGGACACAGUGUUUGGAUGUUAUGGAGCACCUGAUUGUCCUCUAGAGACUAGUCUUCUUGGACCAACAAGGUUCUUGACCAAGAAAUGUUAUCAGUUGUCUCCGGUUGAAGUAAGACUUCAAACCAAAUGAAACCUCUAUUUUUAAAGCUCGAAAUGUACUAUAUAAAUUGUUGAAUGCUGUCACUGGUUAGGAUCUUGAACUGGCGAAAAUGUUAAACCCUUUAGUUACAAAUAAUCUGGCAGGGACAAGAAGCUUUAGCGAGGAAGGGUAUGGAUCGAUUCCACGUAUCUAUAUAAUAUGCGAAGAGGAUAAUAUAAUAC